CGUGCGACUUCCAGCAUUGCAGCGUGGGUAAAGCAGCAGCGGUUGCCCGAUUCGGAGAAAGAAUUCGAAGUCUGCUAGGAUGAGCAAGACCUUGUGUAUAUUACUGGUCGACGACCAACGCAGUUGCGGUAUUGUCUACGGGAGUCCGAAUCGAAAGCAGAUGUCAUCGCCAUGCGCCAGCCGUUAGAGAGAACCACCAUCGCACCUUCCCUGGCUGGCUGAUAUGCCUUGGCGUUGCUGCCAUCGGUUCCAGUUCUCUGGUGGGAUGCGGUAUGAUGCGAGGAUAGUAUUGUUGUGUGCCCAGGUACCUGUACCUACCUGUACCCUACUACCUCCUACCCACCACUUGCUAUUGCAUUUGCUGAGCGCUCCAGACCAGCUGUGGCGCACCUGUCCACACAUGAUCGAGAGCACGAAGUAAUGAAGUAAUAGAACUACCUCCUAGCUGCUGUUCGGCAGAUGUGGGCCGGGGUGUUUCGCCUUGGAAAACCGAAAAUGCCAUGUAUAACCGGGGGGGAAGAGACGAACCUGGAGGUUUACCGCCUCGAGACGGUUGACGGCAAACAUCUCGUCGCGGGGGGCAUAUCGCCCGUCUCCAAGACUGGUGGACGGGUCAUUGUUGGCCACAAGUAAUGUACAUCCAGAAGGCGAGACGGCAUGUCCAUGAUGAUCGCAUUACCUCCACCAGACCGACCGACCGACGCGUUGUGGCGAUACAAGGCCGGACGUCUCGAUUUCGAGGUGGUUUAGAAGACGAAAGCGUUUCGAUGGGCACGCGCGGGGCCCGAUCAACGGGCUGGACCGUCAAUCGCGAAGGCGCUAAGCCGCUCUGAGCGCGCGCACAUCUGCAUGUCAUCAGAGAUGGCAAACAAAAGACCUCCUACCGCGUGGCCUGGGAACCCUUCGUUUGCGCUUUUGAUUCGAAGUCGGCAGACGGGGCGUCGGAUGACGAUGAUCCUUGCUGAUCCGGAUAUCGUGCGCUGCGCUGAAGCAGGGUAACACCAGUGCGGACGGAGAAGUCGAUGACCACUGCUACCUCCGAGUAUUCUAUCCAUCGCUUCACACGCCACUAGUGUGCGUCUCAUCCACCAGCAGCAACACUCUCCCAAAGUCCGAUCGCCACCCAGGACUGCUCUUAUACUGAUUACACCUGCGCAUUGCGGACGACAACCUAGCCGACGACGUCAUACCCUCCGCGAACACAAACACCACCACGAUCACUCUGGCGCUGGCAAACCAGCGACGCCGAGACCUUGCUCCCUUUGCAGCGCGUUGCGGCAGAUCCUCUGGGCGAUAUAUGGAGCGGUGGAGUGGGAGUAGACUCAGCAUAUGAGUCCGCCAAUAGCGACAUCCUGGAUACCUCUGACGAAACGCUGGCUGAAGACCAGCCUGGCGGUCUGGCCACUGCCACAGAAAAGAACUUGAUGAGACACUAUGGCGGGACAGAAGAGCAGACCGUACCCUCUGAUGUUCUAGCUGUCCACGGGGAGGCCAGGCAGCUCGUGCGUUUGAUACAAUGUCCACAAUGCUCAAAACCAUUCCGGAACCCUGUCACACUGCCAUGUGGGAAUUCGCUAUGCAAGGCGUGUCUGCCGGAAUCGCACGAGAGAGAGCACAUUUCAUAUCCAGACCUUCCCAGUCGAAGACGCGGAAUCGAGUGUCCCUUCCCAGAUUGCAAUGCAGAACAUCCGGCCUCGGACUGCAACGUCGAUGUGGUCAUGUCCAAAGUCAUGGAAUCGAUCGCCGAAGUCGUUGCGAGGUACACGUCCGUCGUGGAGAACCAGCUCGUGUCGCCGGACAAUGUCGCUCGCUACGAUGAAGUGAUGGGCUCGCAGCCAGAGUCUGAGAAAGCCAAUGUUCAGGAUAUAUCUGCGGGACGGUUGAUUGCCACGUAUCGACUUGCGGCCAAAGGACUUUUGGACAUUCAGAGUGAUUUGGUUUAUCCCGACGACACGGAAGUUACAAGAGCAAUGGAUCUCAGCGUCGUGCACGAUGUUCUAGAAGCAACUCAGAAAGAGGUCGAUUGCCAAGUUUGCUACAAUAUCAUGCUCGAUCCUGUUACAACUUUUUGUGGACAUACACUGUGUAGGAACUGUAUGGCACGAGUCCUGGACCACUCUCAGCAUUGCCCGGUCUGCCGUCGCAGUCUGGCCAUUCCUCCAUCGCUACAACGCCAACCCAGCAACAAAGCAAUUGUCGAGCUGCUGGACGGCUGUUGGCAUGAUCUCAUGGUGGCCAGAGCAGCUGAUGUUGCAUUGCAGGAGCGAGGCAGUGACGGUUCCACAGCUGUGCCGCUGUUUGUCUGCACACUGGGGUUCCCCAAUCAGCCUACGUUCCUGAGAAUCUUCGAGCCACGGUAUCGGUUGAUGCUCCGUCGUGCUAUGGAGGGCAACAGGCAGUUUGGCAUGUUGAUGUACAACCGAUACUCCGAGCCGCAAGGGGAACUCGGAUCCGUGCACUUUUACCAGUAUGGAACCAUGCUGCACAUCUUGCAUUGUCAGGUACUUGCGGACGGCACGAGCUUAAUCGAGCUGCGAGGUUUACAUCGAUUCCGAGUCAAGUCGCACGGGACGCUGGACGGGUACACAGUCGGUGAGGUCGAGCGCAUCGACGAUGUCAGUCUUGAGGAGGAGGAGCGGAUUGAAGCCGAAGAGACGUCUUCGCCUUCGGUGGGUGACGAAGAUACUGUUGCACAGAUCAGCGCAAUGUCAACACAAGCGCUUCACUCGCUCGGCAGGGAGUUCAUUGUGAAGAUGCAGGCUAGGAGCGCCAACUGGUUGCAGCAGAGGGUACUGGAUAUACAUGGACAACCCCCUGAUGACGCCUCUCUUUUUCCGUACUGGUUCGCGAGCGUACUUCCAAUCAGUGAAGAAGAGAAGUACAAGCUAUUAGGCACUCGGACAGUGCGAGAACGGUUGAAAAUAACCGCAACCUGGAUCCGAAGGAUUGAAUCACAGAGAUGGUACCAAACCAAUUCUUGUCGCGUCUUAUGACUAGCCGCGGCACGAUUCCUGGGACCAACACUACUGCUUCUUGUAGCGAUUUGUUUGCACUGGAUACGACCUGAACAGCCAUGAAACCCUCAACCCUUACUGAUACCCCAUGGUCCACUGGUCGUUGAUGCAUAUGAGUGAUGCUGGCGGCAGGGCGCUGACGCAUAGAGUACUCGGAGGACGCGCAGAUUGCAUAUGUUGGCGUUUUGUCAUUCGGACUGUUUACGCCUUUUGAGCGAGCGAUGGGCAUGGUCAGGAAUGCAUCAAGGAAGGUCUUCGGCACAACGAGCACAAUGGCCAUCGAUAUAAAUAUCGUGAAUUUGUCAAUUUCCUACUUCUGAUGAUAGCGAUCUCCCUAGCGGUACACGUAGGUACAUGUACCUCGUGAACAAAUCGCUCCCAAGCAUUCACCUUCCA